AUGGCGAAAACCGAAACCGACGAGCUCUGCCAAGCGUGCUCAAACAUCGACCUAUACUCGGUUUUCACGGGCCCGCGAUACUUCCCUCACGACGCUACCGGUCAUAGGGGUGGGAUUCUCAUAUACGUCGGCACCUUGCGCGGGGUACUUGACAACACCAGAUGUCCACUCUGCCGCCUAAUCAAGCAUGACCUCUACAGCGCGCUGUCUCAGGACACUGCGCGCAAUCUGUGGUAUGGUUCCGAGGAGCAGCCCGAUCCCCCCAGAGUCCGGUGUUACCUGCGCCCAGUGCGCGCAGAUUACUACGAAGAGACGAAAUAUACGGCAAAGGAGACUAGAGACCAGGUGGCAACGCUGGUUAUGGUGACACUGUUGGGUGUGGAAGGGUGCAGCGCCGAAGAGGAAAACCGCAUCAGAUGUCAUCACCGAGGAAACGGUCUGCGGCUGCUUUCUCCACACUCUGUGGACCCAAGUCGACCGUUGUUGAACGGAUAUCGAGCAACGAGCUUGGCGCAAAGUCUGACUCUACUCUCCAGUUGGAUCAAAACAUGCUGUCAUUCUCAUCAAGACACGUGCGGGCUUUCAGGUCGCUCUCAACAGCACAGGCUGGAUCGUCUUCGCCUGAUUGAUGUGGCUGCGAGAACGCUGGUACAUGCCGACCCGGAGGUCUGCUCGUACGCAGCCUUGAGCUAUGUUUGGGGACACAGGACUGAGGAAUACCUCAAAUUCGCCGAUGAGAUACAACAAGGCGGCGACGAGAUUGCGGUUCUGCCUUCUUCUGCACCAGGAAUCAUUGAAGAUGGUAUCGAUUUGUGCGGAAGACUCGGAAUACCUUUUCUAUGGGUCGAUUUGUAUUGUGUUGAUCAGCACAAUCCAGACAGAAAAGCAGCAGAUAUAAAAGACAUGGGCCUGAUAUAUCGGCAAGCUUUAAUCACAUUCGUAGCAGGAGGCUCAGGAUCUCGUCUUCUACAUUCCGCAGCAGAUAGUCUCGAAAAGGAACAGCUGGUCGAAAGCAUACGCGGCAAGAGUUAUAUUACAUCGUCCGUCUCAAUCACCUCCCAGUUACAGGGCUCGGCCUGGAAUCAAAGAGGUUGGACAUAUCAAGAAGGUUCCCUAGCACAGAGGAUUGCCUUCUUUGGAGAGCGUGAUGUUUCCUUCCUUUGCGGCGCCGGCCAUUGGAGAGGGUGCCUUCACUCGGGGAAGUACGGGCAUAGUGCGCAUAUUAAGGAUCUGAACCUUCGCUCGAGAAGUCAUUACACACUUGCCGCCAAUGAGUGGUUAAGAGACUCGGAAUGGAGCUUCGGAGACUUCGAAACUACUUUGAGCGUAUUCUCCGAAAGGACGCUUACAUACGAGUCCGAUAAGCUCAACGCCAUCGCUGGCUGUCUCGACAUGCUUGGGCGGCAGAAAGGCACGCAUUUCGUGCAUGGACUACCUUCGGUCGACUUUCACUACGCCCUGCUAUGGGGAGGCGAGUACGAUCGUCGCCGGCCUGGGUUUCCAAGCUGGUCUUGGGCCGGCUGGCACGCAUUGCGACAAACAUAUUCUAUCGUACCAGACACGGGCAGUUCUGGAGAGCUCCGCGACGAUGGCACAGGACAGCUACGUCUUGCGAGGGUUUCAACGUCGGAAGUCAGCCUCGGGGGGCUGUUGCUCAACGGGGGCAUAGAGAAUCCAACACCCGCGAACCGGUGUUCACAGAACGUGGCCCAUAUUGUUGUCAAGGCCAAGACACUGACCAUUACCUCGGACAUAGCACACUUCUCCUUUGCAAUUGUAUCAAGCCCGACAUAUAGGGAAGAGUUGGAGAAUCCCGACCGCGUGCCAUCAAACUUCGAUAGCCUUGAGUCUCGGACUUCUGUUCUCGACUGGGAUCUAGAUCGCGAAUAUCGCACGCCUUUCGAGCGCAUACGUCUCGCCGAUGUGAGUGGAAACGCUUGCCAGUACCAUUACCCCUAUUGGUAUGAUCACUGGCCAUGUAUAAUGUUCGAACUUCCAAGAACUCUCCGCGGCUCAACUCUCACUUGGCUCCUACGCGACGGUAUAGACCUUGUCAAAAUUGUUGAGGUCAAGCUGCUGGAGGGUGAAGACGGUCUGAGAAAAUUCCAUCAUGUGCUUUGUCUUGGCGUUGAUAGAAGCGAUAGAGAACCGGGUCGAGGGCGAAGGUUGGGCGUGUUCUGCUUGUCUGGGGAGAUCUGGGCCAGAGCAUCGCCGAGGGAAGACACGAUUGAGCUGGUAUGA